UGUUUAAACAGAAGGAGUCGCUUCUGUAAGAUGUUUUAACCUCUUUUCCUUAGCUAGCCAUUGCGCUAGCGAUAUUAUUUUUGUCUAGCUGGAAUCGUUUGAAUCACACAGACGAUUCUUUUCUUGCUCAUUUUUCACGAUGCGCACUUUCCUACAAAUUUCCAUUCUUCUGUUGAAAAUAAUAUUUCUCCAGGGAUAUGAGCUUUGGAGGCCUCCAAACAUUAUACUCAUAUAUGCAGAUGAUUUGGGCAUGAAUGACAUCAGUUUGCGGGGAUCCCCACAAAUUCCAACACCGAAUAUCGACGCCCUCGGUCUCAACGGAUUGGUUUUGGACAAUUAUUACGGAGAGUGGGUCUGCACGCCCUCUAGAGGUGCUCUCUUCACUGGAAAGUACCCAAUUCGAUUAGGUCUACAACAUUCUUAUAUUCAUGUGGGAGAGGCUUCAGGACUACCUCUGCGUGAAAUUAUUUUGCCGCAACAUCUGCAAAAACUGGGCUAUCGAACACAUAUGAUCGGAAAGUGGCAUUUGGGCUACCAAACUAAAGAAUUCACUCCUACCUACAGAGGUUUUGAUUCAUUUCUCGGAUAUUUGAACGGCAACAUCGAUUAUUAUGAUCAUACCAUUUAUGAAAAAACGAAUUUAAGUGCCAACCCAUUUUUCCAGGAAUUCUUCGGACUGGACUUUCAAAUGGGAACCGACAUCCUCAAGGGCCAGCAAGGGAAAUAUGCGACACAUCUCUUCACCGAAACUGCAGAACAAAUUAUUUACGACCAUGAUACGUCAAAGCCACUUUUUAUGUACCUAUCUCAUCUAGCAGCUCAUGCGGGAAACCUUUUCAAACCCCAGCAAGCACCACCAGAAGUUAUUUCUAAAUUCAAGUACAUCAAAGAUUUAAAUCGACGAAUUCAUGCAGCCGUUAUAUCAGUUCUGGAUGAUGGCGUUGGAUCUGUUUUCAGAGCUCUUCAUCAAAAAGAUAUGCUUAAAAAUAGUAUAGUUUUGUUCGUUUCCGAUAAUGGUGGAGAAGUGGACCCAAAGAAAGGUGGUUACGGAUCCAACUACCCUCUGAGGGGCAACAAGGCAACACCGUGGGAAGGUGGCCUUCGCUUACCAGCCAUCAUCUGGAGUCCGUUGCUGAAUCUUAAAAAACCACGUAUUGCUAAACAACUCAUGCACGUAUCGGACUGGCUCCCAACUUUGUACAGAGCUGCAGGAGCAGAUCCUCGUGAUUUGGGCCCCAUCGAUGGUUUUGAUAUGUGGGAUUCACUCUUGGAGGAUUCUCCCUCUCCAAGAACCUCCUUGCUGCAGAAUCUAGAUCCUAUUGAUGGAACAUCAGCACUCAGAAUGAAAGAUUUGAAGAUAGUCAAUGGAACCGCGGUCGAUGGAUUAAAUUUUUGGUAUGGACCUUCAGGGUAUGAAGGUUUCAAUUCUCCAGCUACAUUUGAAUGGGUUUUCAAAAAAGGAAGCGUAGUGGCAAAUGUGUUGAGGGAAAUGGGAAUGUGGAUUGCUACAAAUCCGCGGGAUACAUAUGAACGUCUUCGAAUCAAGUGUCAAAAACCACCCCCUCAAAGUGCUUUUAGUGACUGCCAAGCAGACAAAUAUCCCUGCCUUUUCAACAUCACCGAUGAUCCUUGUGAAUAUAAAAAUAUAGCAAACCAACAUCCAGAAAUAUUGGCAAAUAUGAUGGACAUGAUCAACCAGUACAAAGCAGAAUCGAUGGAGCCUCAGACAAAACCAAGUGAUCCUGAAGGUGACCCCAUGUGUCAUAAUUUCCUGGUUGUACCUUGGCUGGAUCCAGAUUACUACAUUAAGUGCGACUUCGCCGAGGGCAGUACAAUCCAAAAAGAAUCCCAUUGACAAUAUUGUUUCUUAUCAAUAAAUAUUUCACAAUUUUCAUUCGAAUAAUA